CAAAAAACCGAUGUCAAAAUAAUAUCAGUGUGUAAACAUAAGCAUUUUUCUCCUAAAUAUUUUAAAUAUUUCUAAUUUUUCCAUUUUAUACAAAAUAUCUAUAAGAAAAACAAUUUUCAAAAUAAUGUCAGAAGAAAAUGAUAAAUCUGAAGAUGUCCUUGCUUAUACGCAACGCAAUGAAUUCACAUCAGAAAUAUUCAAAAUCGAAGUUCGAAAUUUAGGAAUUUUUGGUGUUUGGGAACUCAAAAAACUUAUAAAAAACACUUUAAAUUUGGAUGCCAGUAAAAUCAAAUCACCAAAUCGACGUGAUUUUGCAUUUGUUUGCUUUCGCAAUCAAGAAGAUCAAGAAAAAGCUAUCUCAGUUUUGAAUGGCUACAAAUGGAAGGGCAAAGUACUGGCAGCAAUGAGCGCCAAAGCAUCCGCUGAUCCUUUAAUAAAACGACGAAACGAAGGCAACCAACGCCAAGACGACCAACCUAAACGACAAAAGACCUCCGUAGAGGCCACCUGUCCCCUCGCAGGUCUUCCAUACAAAGAUCAAAUUGAACAAAAGCGAUCAGAAAUGGAAAACCUCCUUAAAUCAUUUGGCAAAGAACUAAUUAAGUUCAAUCCAGAUGCAAAAAAGACUUGCUUCCCAGUGAAUUCCGAUUUACCAUGUAAAUUCCUGGGAAUCAAAGAAUCCCCAAUAGUCGAUGGUUAUCGCAACAAAUCUGAAUUCACUGUUGGCAAGAAUUCCCAAGGUGAAAUUGUUGUUGGUUUCCGUUUGGGCUCAUAUGCCGAUGGUUCAGUUGAAGUUUGCACUGUCGCUGAUCUUCCGCAUGUCUCGGAUUUGGCGAAAAAAGCUGCUAUAACAUUCCAAGAGUAUGUUAGGCAGUCUAAAUUUUUGCCAUUUAAUCCAGAACAUAAUGCGGGGCAUUUCCGCCAAGUGACAGUGCGAACUUCUGAUGAAACUGGUGAAGUUAUGUUAGUUGCUGGAGUUUAUUCUUCCAAUUUGACCGAAGAAGAGAUUCCACAAUUAAAAAAGGAACUUGUUGAUUUCUAUGAAAACUAUGACAAAUUAGUUUUUAAUUGUUCAAGUCUGUAUUAUCAAGAUUUGAGACGUCGUCAAGCUGGAGAGACUUAUAAUCCUGUGGAACAUUUAGCAGGAAGUACUCAUAUCACUGAUGUUAUUCUGGGUUUAAGAUUCCGUAUAAGUCCUUUGGCUUUCUUUCAAAUCAAUUCGAAAGGUGCUGAAGUUCUUUAUAAAGAAGCAAUUGACUUGAUUGCAGCUACAGAAAAGACUACUGUUUUGGAUAUUUGUUGUGGGACGGGUACAAUUGCUUUGAGUUUUGCCAAACACUGUAAGAAAGUUCUUGGAGUGGAAAUUAUUGAAGAUGCUAUUAAAGAUGCUGAAUUUAAUGCCAAAGAGAAUGCAAUUGAGAAUUGCAAAUUCUAUGCUGGCAAUGCUGAUGAUUAUAUUCAAUCAAUGGUUAGGGAAGUUGUUUAUGGAGCGGGAAUUCAUAAAGACCAAUUGGAUUUGGUGGCUAUUGUUGAUCCACCGAGAGCUGGAUUGCAUAACAAAUCAAUAGCUGCUAUUCGAAGUGCUUAUGACCUUAAGCGUCUUGUGUACAUAUCAUGUAAUCCAAAAAGUGCUCAACGUAAUUGGCUUGAUUUAGCUCGAACGGAAUCUAAACAAUAUAAAGGAAGUCCAUUUUAUCCUACAAAAGCUGUUGCUGUAGAUAUGUUUCCGCAUACAGCGCAUACGGAAAUGGCUAUAUUGUUUGAAAGAAAUGUUGAAAAGGAAGUUCCAGAAGUUGUCCAAAAGCAGGUUGAAGUGAAGGAAGUAGUUAAGAUGGAAGUGGAAGGCAAAAAAGAUGAAACUGAAACUAAGGACGAGACAGUGGUUGGGGAAGGAUCAUGAUUUUACUUUUUAUAAGACUAAUGUUCAAUCAAAUUGAGAUAAAAAACCAUGCAUUUUAAUAAAAAUAAAUGACAAUGAAUCUUUCUAUACCGUUGCAUUCACAUUUUA